UGAGAAACAGGAAAUGAACUGACACAGCCAUGGUUUACUAUGGAUAUAUCAUUUCAGUGUUUGUAUUAGUUUUGAGUGCUUUGGGGCUAGCCCAGUUGAAUGAGGAGCCUGUAACAUCAACCCCACGCACAGAUUUACAAAACGAUUAUAGACCAAGCAUUAUUAUUGGACCUCUUAACAGAGAGGAAAUUGUUCAUAAUGUUAAUAUUGAAAAUAGGAAUGAUCAUAUUGCACCUGUUUUUUACGAUAAAUCUGGAGUAAUAACUUUUGAAAAUAGGAUGGAUCUUGCAGCUCCAAUAUUUCAUGAUACACCUGAUGAAGUUGUGAUCAAUAAAAGAUCUCCUUUGUCGGCCCAACCAUAUGAUAAUCUAUUUCUAAACAUCUAUAAAAGACCUGCAAUAACAUUUGUAGAUUCGUCUUCUGAAACUCUUCCUCUGGAUAACCUUGAUAACAUGGCUGUCAUGAAAAUAGAACUAGAGCCUAAACCUUCUUCAUAUCAUCCAAACACCAGUCCUUUUAAGAAACCUGUUGAAAAUAUUGAAUAUGGUCCACCACAGUUACAAACCUUUAUUUAUAAACCAUCCAAUAUUAUGGUUCAGGAGAAUAUUGAUGAUGAAAAUGUUAAAUUUCCCGAUGCAGAUGAAAGAAUGGAUUCUAUAAUGGAUAUCGUUCAAUUUUCUACACUACCAGGGGAACAAAAUAACGAAGAAGAAGUUUAUGACCGUUUACCCGCGCCAGGUGAUGAUCAACAGUUUGUAAGCAAAAACCAUCCUGGCCAAUAUCGCCAGCAGAUAUACCAGCCAAACCAACAAACUUUGAUCAAGAGUAUUUUUAAAAGAAAUAUUGAAUCUGAGACUGAAGAAACUGAUAUCGAGGAUCCUAGGUUUCAAACUAUUGACAGUUUACUCACUGAGCUUGAUACAGAUGUCAUUGAGAAGAUGGUAGAGCAUUUAAACUCUGAAAACUAUGCUGAGUUUGAUGAUGUAAUGCAAAAGGCAAUAGACAAAAGGCGUGGAGAGGUUAUGACUGAAGAUACUGAGAAUGAUGCUGAGAAUGAUGCUACUGAUAUGGAUGUGUCUGCAAGUGAUGUAGCAGAGGACAGAAUGGAUAUUCAAAGAGGAAUUGAUCCAGCCUUGCUUCAGGCAGUGUUGGCUGAUCCAGUUUUGCUUCAGGCUGUGGAUCCCAGAGUGUUACAAGCUGUUCUUGUGAGCGCUGCCCAGGCGAACCUUCAACUUGAAAAAAAUCAAGGGCACUUUAGAGAACCACCAUCCUUUCCAAAACCUGCAAAUCUACCAACUUUCCCCGCCCCGACAAACUCAAUAUUCGCCACUACUGGUCCAACAUCCGCCCCUACUGGUCCAACAUUCGCCACUACCGGUCCAUCAUUCGCCCCGACCAGUCCAACAUUCGCACCAACAACUCUCCGACCUAUUCCAGCUGUCCCACAUCUCCCUGUUUUCCCAGAUCUAAGCAUUAAACAACAAGAUGAGGAAUUAAAUCAAGAAGAUUUUGACGAGGUUUUCGCCAGGGCCCAACCUGUACCCUCAGCCAGUCAACAACGCCAACCAAAAUUCAUCACGGAAGACUUUUUACAGCCACAGAUUCAACGAUUUACUGCAGCUGACGUUGCAUUGUUCACAACAAGGCGUCCAGAGGGACCAAUAGCAUCUAAUCCUAGAAACAUAAAACAACAACAGCAAAAAGCAGCCAAUUUGGUGUUCCCCACAGACCCCUCAUCUUUACUUCAACCCCAUCUGUUAAGUCCUAGUCUAAACCAGCUCAUUGAGAAUAGAAAGCUGUUGAACCCUGAGUUUUUGGAUGUUGGUAUUCCUGGUCUUCCUCUCCCACUCAGCUCUUCAUGUUCUUUAGUUACAAGAACAGGAUUGCCAUGUGACCCGGGACUAGCCUUCAGUCCUUUGACCGGAAGCUGUGAAUGGCCGGAUACACUUGUAGAAACCGGAUGCAAUCCCGAGUUAGUGACAGGUUUUGGUCCGUGCCCUCAGGACCGUAUUGAUCCAACAUUAUCAAUAGAACAAUUUCUAUCCUGGCCCCAACCAAAGUUUCCAGUAAAUCUUGAUGUUGUGACAGUGCAUAACUUUGAUGCUGUUGAAGCUAGAACCUACUUUAUUGUUUGUGUUCCAACCUUGUAUGGUAAGAUGUAUCCUCGUCUCCUGUCCUGUCCAGAUCAUCAUCAUUUUGAUCCUCAGCAUAUUGAUGGAUGUAUCUCGGAUUUUCAUCAUGAUCCCCAGGAACCAGUAGCGGCUGCUUCAUAUGAAACUCUAGUACAUCAUGAACCUCUAGCACAUCAUGAACAUGUUCAUAAAGACCAUACCUCCUACCACCCUCUACCUUCCUACCCCCUCCCCCCUCCCCUCUAUGGAAAUCCGGAUCCAAGAAUUCAUCAUAUUGGAGAACCUUUAUAAUUAUAAUUCAUCUCUUUAGCGUAAUUAAUAUGUGGACAUUAUUAUCAUGUUAGGUACUUUCCUGAAGGCAUUUUCCCAAGCGCCCUAAGUGGCAGAUUCCCUAGUCUGUCCAAACCUAGCCCAUCCUUUCCGAUCCUAUCCGCUUGGGAACCUUGGUGAAAAUACCUAACACCGAAAAUAUAAUGACUGAAAUACAUAAAAUUUAAAAAUAUGAUCAACCUUAAAUAUAGGCAUGCUUAUAGUAUAAAUGAUACUUGGAAAUAAAAAAAUGUCUAAGUUUUGUCAUGAACAGAUAUAAUAAAAG